AUGCCACCUGAUGAUUAUAUAAAUACAUUAGAACAGGCAUGGUCUAUUGCGAUACCUCAAAUGACGGCUUUUGAAAAUACAAAUGCAGGAGACUUUAAUGAUGCUGUUAAAUGUAAUGUUUUAAAAAGUAAGGUAGGAGGUAAAUUUGCUCCAGUACCAGCUAAUGAUCCCUUUACUUAUG